AUGAGUAGCACGAGAGCGAUAUCCACGGGACUUUUGGGAGUUGGCUUUUGAAUGGUUUGAGGCUGCAUCCUUCGGGUGUAAGGUGGCCGUGUCAUUUCCCUUUUCUUCUGAGAAUUGGGGUGUGACAGAAACAGAAAACAGAUCAUAAUGGAGGUGCUUCGUGCGGAAUUCUGGAGGAAAAUUUGGAACUCGUGGGAGCUGAGAGCCAUGGUGGUGUUCACACUAGCGGUCCAAAUCGUACUCAUUUUCUUCGACCACAAGAGGAAGUCCAGCUACAAUCUCAAGCUCAGGAUCGCCGUCUGGUCUUCGUACCUGACCGCGGACUCUGUGGCCACCGUCGCCCUCGGCAUCCUCUCCAGCAAGCUUGGAGACGUGAACGAGGGGAAUGGCGGUCGCCUCGGCGACAACGACAAGUUGCACGCAUUCUGGUCCUCACUGCUUCUGAUUCUCUUGGGUGGCCCUGACACAAUCACUUCCUAUUCUCUGGAGGACAAUGCACUCUGGCUCAGGCACUGCCUUGGCCUAGCGGUUCAGACGUCAGCCACAACAUAUAUCAUCUUCAUGGCCUGGACAAGCUCUUAUCUCUCCUACCUCUCGUCGGUGAUGACAUUGGUCGGGCUCGUCAAGUACGGGGAGAGAGUGUGCGCUCUUUGGAUGGCAAGCAACGACAAGCUAAAGCAGUCGAUGCUGGCCCCGCCUGAUCUGAGUCCGAAUUACCCCCGCUUCAUGGAGGAGUACACUUUGAAGCAGGCCGAGGGGCAUUACGUCGUGGCCGAUGAGGUGAUAGAGGUCCAAGUGCCUGAAGUUAUUUAUAGUAGUGGUGAAGAUUCGUCUGCAGAGAAUGAUUCUGAGGUCAUUGUGAGAUCCUAUGACCUGCUUCAGAUGUUCAAGUGCCUCUUUGUUGAGUUGAUACUCAGCCAUGAUGAGAGGAAUACUAGCAAGUCCAUAUUCAAGGCGAUCGAUUGUGCGAAAGCUUUUACGAUCGUUGAGAUCGAGCUUGGGUUAAUCUACGAUUUGCUCCACUUGAAGGCAAUGGUGCUUUACACCAAGUGGGGACUCCGACUCCGCUUGUUCACUUUCUCGUCCACUCUGUUGGUGCUGGUGCUCUUUUCUUGGGCCCAAAAGUCUCACCUGUCGAGGGUUGAUGUUUCCAUCACUUACUUGUUACUGGCCGUCAUUGUUUUCUUCGAGACCUAUUCGGUUUUGAUGCUGGUUUCGUCGGAUUGGAGCGAAGUUUGGUUGUGCAAGCACGACAAGAACCGUGCCGUGAACUUUAUAAGAUUGCCUAGACAACCCAGGUGGUCACAUUCAAUUGCCCAAUUCAGCUUGCUCAGCUUUUGCAGUAAAGAGAGGCCCUUGGUUUGCCAAAAUGUGCUUGAGUUCUUGAAGAUCAGGGAGAAGCUAGAGAAGUAUCACUACACCCUCCAUGAAGACGUAUCCAACGAGAUUAAGACUUGGAUCUUCCGUCAUGUCAAGGAAGAUCUAUUCUCUGUUGAGGAGCACCACGCGCCGCUCUACACGGAUCUUCAGGAAAUUCUCGAUAGGCUACUCGAUGGUUAUGGCCUCGCUCAAGUUAAGUGGGCCACCGAGGGGGAUUUCGACCAGGUUGUCCUGACUUGGCACAUUGCCACCGAACUAUCAUACUACUCGGAUCAAGAGGAAGGGUGGAAUGAAUCCAGACUCCCUCAUUAUCGGGAGAGCAAGCUUCUCUCCAGGUACAUGCUUUAUCUUCUGGUUAUGUACCCUUCCAUGCUGCCCAGUGGAAUUGGGGAAAUAAGGCUCCGCGACACUUCUGCUGAGGCCUUAAAGUUCUUUGAGGAUUACCAAAUGCCCAAUUCCAAAUCUAAUCGAGAGCCCAAUUGGUGGAUCCAAAAUCUAGUGAUCAAUAGAGGGAAGAGUAAUGAAAUGAACUCGUAUCUUCAGCGAGCUUCUAAAAUGCUGCUAGAAGUGAACACCGAGGUUCUGCCGAGUAAAGUGAAGGGCGGAAAGAGCAAGUCUGUGUUGUUUGAUGGAUGCAGGAUCGUGGCGGCGAUAAGAGAGAGAGAAAUAGGCAUAAAGUGGGAAACGAUUGGGAAGCUCUGGGUGAAGAUUUUGAUUUACGCCGCGAGCCAAUGCAGAGGGGAUCGUCAUACUGGGCAGCUGAGGCGAGGGGGAGAGCUUCUGACCCAUGUUUGGCUCAUGAUGGCUCAUUUCGGCCUGACUGAUCAUUUCCAGAUGACCCAAGGCCAGGCCAUUGCUAAGCUCAUAUUGAGAUAGGCCCUGAUUCGGAGUAAUGACAAAUCCAUAUCCGGGUUUGGUCCGUCUCAAUGGCCACUGAAUAGA